ACUCUGUCAGGUUUUGAAGAUUGAAUUACUAUUUUGGUACAUUAAUAUAGUUUAGUGACCACUAUGAAAUUCCUAGUCCUGACUCUUGUUCAACGGAAGUGACUCGGACUUUGGGGCGUGUUUGACGAACGACCCUUUAGUUCCCAGAGUCGGAAUGUGGUAGUUGGUUCAGACUUCAGGCGACGGAGAAAGAAGAAGAAGGAAAAUUUCCGGAGCGCGGUGGCGCGGUUGUCGUCGGGCGUGGGGAAGGAAAGGAAUCCCAACAUCUAAGAAGGUAACAGUAGUCUGCAAUUAGGGGUUUUGGUGGAGAAGAAGCAACCUUGGGGGAAUCUUUUGCCGCGCCCUGCUUCUUUUGGGGCGUUUGAGGAUUUCCUCUUCGGCUCUUCCUUCAACCCCUCCAUCAGUUCUAUGUAUUAAACCCAAAUCACUCCUCCUUCCUCUUCCCUCUCCAACUCCAACAUCACAUCUCCGCCGCCGCCUCCGCCGCCGUACCACCGGACCCGAUCCGACCUGCCCAUAUGAAACCCCUCCGCCCCUUUUCCUACCUCCUAUGCAUCUUCUCGUUCCUAAUCGCUGCAAGUGCAGUGCUCUGCUCCGCCGCUGCUGCCGACGGCGUAACGGCGGUGGUUCUUCCAUCAGCAGCAGCUCCACCGUGGGCGGUUGACUUCAGUCAUCGGUCUCCAUCUGCCCGCUCUCUCAAAUCCUUCUCCUCGGAAUCGGAGGAUGAUUCUUCUUCUCCGGCUGAAUUAGUUGCUCUGCUUAACGGCACUAUUUGUCUCCAAGAUCCCAUCUCCGGGAAGGUUCUAUGGUCCUUCUCAUCUGGCUCUCCCGUCUACUCUUCCUAUCAAUCCCCUUUUCUGGGCCAAGCCGCCGGCGAUCAAGACAACAGCAUUUUUGGACCCAAUUCUGCUUUCUUCCUUGACUAUGGAGACGACUGGCAGCUCUACGCCCACGGCAAACAUUCUACCCGAAUGAAACUUCCCAAGGGUAUCGACGACUUCAUUAAGAUAACACCGCAUAUUUCCGAGGAUGGAACUGUAAUCCUGGGCUCCAAGAAAACCACUGUGUUUGCUCUUGAGGCCAAGAGUGGGAACUUAGUUCGAACUUACAGCUCCCCUGAUUCGUUACCACCACAUCAGAGAUAUGGUGGUGGUGAUGUGGAGAAUAGUAAUGUCCGACCAGCAUCUAGCUCCAAAGAUGCUGCUGUUGACAUGAUUUACGUCACGAGGACAGAUUAUGCGCUGGAAACUUUUGGUCCCAAUUCGGAUAAGGUAUUUUGGAAUGUGGAAGUGGCAACUGUGGAGGCUGCUUUUAUUUGUAAGUAUGAUGCUGCAGUUGGGGAUGGUGAUUCUGUUGACACGUCGGAUUUGCUUUGUCAAUCAAAGCGGCUGGAAGUUCGAAGGCAGGAUAAGCCGCCUCAAGCUUCAAUCCCAGCUAUUGAUGGUGAAGAGAAGCUAAGGCUUCCUAGUUCUAAAUCUGGCUUUGCUUCUCCUACACAAUCUGAAGGGUACAAGGUGUCAGAUCUUGUUGCUGAUUCUGAAGAUACAGAAGGAAUGCUUGGUUUGUCAAAUGAUCCUGGGGAAAUUGUGCAGGAGGAAAUACGAGUGCUUCACAGAUUCAAGUGGUCAAAGUUUAUAUUUUUCGGUUUGUUUGCUAUCACCUUUUCAUUGGCCUUUGUGUUUUACCACCGUACGCUGCUGGCAACUGAGAAAGUAUCGUUGAAAGGUCAUUCUUUGUCUUCUAAAAAGAAGAGGAAUAGAAGAUUGGGGAAAAAGACUAACAGCGAUGCAGAUGUUAAUGAGGAUGGUAACAGAAUGUGGUUGAAUCUUAAUCAACUUACUGAUGAUCAUGAUGUGAAUGGGCGUAGAAUAGGUAAGUUAUAUGUAUCAGAUACUGAGAUUGCUAAGGGAAGUAAUGGAACCAUAGUGCUCGAGGGUAUUUAUGAAGGCAGGAGGGUUGCUGUUAAAAGGCUUGUCCAGGCUCAUCAUGAUGUGGCGUUCAAAGAAGUUCAGAAUCUCAUUGCAUCAGAUAGGCAUCCAAACAUUGUUCGAUGGUAUGGCGUGGAGUAUGAUAAGGAUUUUGUUUAUCUGUCACUGGAACGGUGUACCUGCAGCUUGAAUGAUUUGGUCCAGAUGUACUCCCGAUCUUCACCUUCCUCUGCGAAAGAACCAGCUAGGGUAGCUGCAAAAAAUAAUUCAGUGUUGGUUUCAGUUGCGACUGCUAUGAAGGACCUCAAUUUGUGGAAAGAAAAUGGUCAUCCAUCAGCUCUUCUCUUGGCACUCAUGAGGGAUAUGGUAUCUGGACUUGCACAUUUGCAUGAGCUAGGAAUAAUUCACAGGGACUUGAAGCCGCAAAAUGUAUUGAUAAGCAAGGAAAGAUCUUUGUGUGCAAAGCUUUCUGACAUGGGCAUAAGUAAGCGGCUGCUAGAAGAUAUGUCUUCGUUGGGCCAUCAAGCAACUGGUGAGCUUUUAUAGUUUAGUCUAUGAAAUGGAAAUAAUACCAGUUUAACACAUAUAUGCUAAUAGAAAUCAGUUUAAUGACAUUGUAGGAUGCGGUAGCUCAGGUUGGCAAGCGCCUGAACAGCUUCUCCAUGGCCGCCAAACACGUUCAGUGGAUUUAUUCGGCUUAGGCUGCGUCUUCUUUUUCUGCAUCACUGGUGGUAGACACCCGUUUGGCGAACCACUCGAACGUGAUAUCAAUAUAGUGAAGAACCAAAUCAAUCUAUUCUUGUUAGAGCAUCUCCCGGAGGCUGAGAAUCUUAUUUCCAGUUUAUUAAACCCCGAACCUGAACUUAGGUAUUAUUUGCUGGGAAUCUUUCUUUCAGUCAGUAGCAUUACCCUUCUAUGAGCAGAAAAAUACCUCCAUGCUUUCAUGGUUGCUCAAAACUUAUUCAUUGACAAUGUUGCCUCUAUUUGUGGUCAGACCAAAGGCGCACGAAGUUCUGCAGCAUCCCAUGUUCUGGAGUUCUGAGACGAGACUUUCAUUUCUACGAGACACCAGUGACAGGGUGGAACUAGAAGAUCGAGAGAGCAAUUCCGAUCUUUUGGCAGCAUUGGAGAGCGUUGCACCGACAGUGCUGGGAGGCGGAAAAUGGGAUGAGAAGAUGGAGCCCUCGUUCAUUAACAACGUCGGCCGUUAUCGUCGCUAUAAGUACGACAGUGUGAGGGACUUGCUGCGCCUCAUGCGCAACAAGCUGAAUCACUACAGAGAGCUCCCUGAAGAAAUCCAGGAGGUAGUUGGACCAGUUCCAGACGGCUAUGACGGGUAUUUCGCCACUCGAUUCCCAAAGCUGUUGAUCGAAGUUUACCAAGUGGCUCGGAGAUACCUUGCAGAAGAGGAAUGCUUUCGCAAGUACUUCGGAACGGUUUGAUUUGGAUUUCGAGGCGCUCUGUAGCUGCCAUGGAGCCUGGAAGCAGCAUGUGAUUAUAUUAUAGGUACUGUAAAUAAGAUCUGUAAGACUUCUAAUGAUACUGUAAUCAUAUUUCAAGCAACUUCAUCUAAUAUAAUUUCCUUCAGCCUGAUCCGAUCUUGUGCACUGUCCUAUAUCCAUCCACUGGCUGCUUUGAGUUGAAUUGUAUAGAUGUGUGAAUUGUAAUGAAGAACGUGCCUUAGACUCCGUUCUCAAUACCAAUGUCCUUGUUUGUAGAGAACUCAACCUGUCUUCCUGCCUUGGAAUCUUGAGUCUCCCCAUUGCCAGCUUCGCGCUCGCUUCUGUUAGAUGCUCUCUCAAGCGACCUCCUCCUGGACCGGCUUGCAACAUUCUCCUCUUUCUCAUCCACGAACGAAAAGAAAGUCUGAAGACGAGCAGAUGCUGACGAGAGGGAGAGAGCAGCAGAGGAGGAAGAAGAAGAGUGGGACAUGUCUGCCUGCUGGUGGCGGCUAAACUGUCUGGCAAUGUUGAGAAAAUAUAGCAGGAGGGCUAUCAGGCAAGCCAAGCCACAUAUGAGGAAGAGUCCCCAGAAGCUUGAGAGCUGAAGUCUGUCUACUUGAAAAGUCGUGGUUUGCGAGCUACAAGCGCUGCUCAUCAGCCAUUUAUCAUGAAUCCUCUGAAGAUCUCCGUUUUCGGACAGCUUGAGAAUGGCAGUGGACAGAUCAACUGCCAGUGGAGAGUCCCUCGGGAAGGCAAAUCCCCAGCCGUUCUUGGUGAACUCUUGACCUACUAUACUGAAGUCGCACCUGGUCGAAAGGAAUAGUUCGAGAUAUGACUGUUCGUCGACUACAGCAGCAACGCCGCCUUUGUGAGGACCAGCUUUUAGGGCCCUUUCGCAGUCCUCGGGGCCCUUGAGUGGGACCAUCCUGGAUUCAUGGAAACCAAGUUCGUCAACCAAGUAGUCCCGGGCGAAUGAACCUUGUUGGUAACCAAUGGGGUCGUUGCUAGUUCUCAGGGUCUCGAUUCCUUUGAUGGGUGAAGAAAGCUGCUGCACUGUUAAGAUUGAGGUCAGGCUGGCCGUGUAGCUUGAGUUGAUUAUCAGAACAACGAACAGCCAUAUGAUCAGCACGAUCCGCCCCAGGGUGCUCACGGUGUUCUCUUCUGUACACAUGAAAGGUUAGGAAGUUUGAAGAGAUUGGAUGAGGAAUACAGCACAUUAAUUUUGAUUGCUUUCAAAAUCCACUUACUGUGAGCGAAGAACAAUGUUGAAAAGCUGAACCUGCAGAAUCAAAUAAAGAAACUGUUAGUUACUGGAUUCACCUAUAACAUGCUGAACCUACAAUCGUCUCUAGUUCUGCCA